GAGCUUGGGGGCGGGGAGCGUGAGCAUUUAAAGGGGACACACACUGAAUCUGCGCAUUUUUUAUUACGCCCCAAAAUAGGCAGUUAAAACAUUGUAUAAUAAAAAAAUCUAUGGGGUAUUUUGAGCUGAAACUUCACAGACACAUUCUGGGGACACCUUAGACUUAUAUUACAUCUUGUGAAAUAGGGUUCUAGGGCACCUUUAAAACAGUUGUAAAUAGAUUGACCUCUCAUUCCGAACAGGUGGAGGUUUGUUUUAUAUUUCCCUCCCUUUGGCCGAAAGAAUCCAUUUUCAGUGUUUUGUGUCCAGCCGUUGUUGCCUGAGGUGAGAACUGAAGUCUGUGCCAUAUAUCACACUGACACAUUUUUGCUGUCAGGUCAUGCCCUAAAAUUUCCAUUUUCUGUUCUGUUUCACACUAAAGUCAGAAUGUUUUAGAAAAGUGACAGAAAAGUUUAGCACCGGCCAAAUUUUAAAGUGUAUGUUUCUGCUUUAACAUAACAAAUGUUUCUUUUAUAGCACAACCCGGGAUAAUUUAUACAUAACAUUUUUGGAUAUAUCAUUUUAUGAUAUGAAGAUUGCUUUAAAACAACAUGCUUUCUGUAAAAUGCACUCUUUUCACUUGUUUUGCCCAUACUCAUCCACUCAGUGGGUCUGUGGAAUGUUAUUUGGAUUGCCCCAGGGGGUAUUAAAGAGAAAAGGUGGGGGCAGGGACCGAACGCCUUCCCACAGCGGGUGAGGGAGUGUUGCGUGUUUACUCUGAUUGAAAACAAAAGGCUCCUCACCUGCCCUUAAAGACCUACACAGCAGAACAAUGGAGGUGAUUGACAGCUUCUCAAGAAUGAGAGUACUUGGCUGUAGAGUGUGAGUGCGAGUGUGUGAGUUUGUAACAGUGUGGGCGGAUAUGCACACAGAGAAAGACAGGGAGAGGGAGAGAGAGAGGAAUUUUGAUUGGUUUAGUGCCCAGUCAUCCAUACACUUGACCAACCGUAUCUUAUUUGUAUAGUCAAUCAUUUGCUUUUACAAUACUUCACACAAACAUAUUAUUAUAAAAUAAUUGCACAGAUCAUGUCUUGUUUUAAAGGUGGGGAUUGUAAAUAAGUAUUUGAACUGGUCAAUGCUGCAUUAAUCAGGCCAUGAUGCAUUAUGUGUCAUAUGACCUGUUGUCUUUAUUUUGUAUGGGCGUUCUGUAGCUGACACAUUGCUGACCAUUGAACACUAUCAGCAGGGAUGUGCUGAAUUGCACAACAACACAAGGAGUUUAGUAUUUAGUUUAGUUGUGUAAGCCUUCACCUGUCCUCCACCUCACACUAAAUCAAAAGUAGGAGAGCCCGGGAAGUGUUGCAUCAUGUGUUGUUUAAACAUGGGUAGUAUUUAAGCGUUUUUUUGGACUAUUUGUUUCAAACCUUAAUAUGAUAUUAUUAAUGAAAGUAGUUGAAAUCUAGUUGAGUAGUUGAAAUCAACCCAUUCAGUAGUGCUGAAUGGGUUGUAACUCUAAUAAAAACAUAGGUGUUUUAAAUUAAUUUUGUUAAUCACAUUUAGUUGUUCAAAGUAAUUGUCCUAUUUGUGUGAUGAUCCGCCAGGUAUUUUGGGUGGCGAGUUAUAGGGAUUUGAAGUCACCAUAGUAAUGUGUGAUGUAAGAACAGGCUUGGCUCGGUUUACAAGUAGGUGAGCGCGCAGAGAGCUGCUGGGGUAAAGCGCGUAGAGGAGGGGCGCGCGACACACACACUCAAACACUCGCUCUCGGGCACUACAUUGCGCGAACUGUACUUUCUCCAGGAAUAGGGAUCUAAUAGGGAUACUAGUAUUCAACGUCCUUCCAAAUCAUGGGAUUAAUGAGAAUGAGUCUCAACUGAGGACGAUUGUUUGUUGAAUAAGAACCGGAGCUCUAAGCAGAGUGUGGUGUGUUCGAGUCCAGUUCCUGUGUUUGUGGAUCAAGUGGAGCACGACUCGCUCGUCUCUCUAGAUGCUCUGGAGGUCAUGUCUGAGUGUGACAUGCCCAUCGCCUUCACCCGAGGCUCCCGGUCUCGAGCCAGUCUUCCUGUGGUCCGCUCUACUAACCAGACCAAGGAUCGCUCACUAGGGGUGUUGUAUCUGCAGUAUGGAGACGACACAAAGCAGAUCCGCAUGCCUAAUGAGAUAACGAGUGUAGAUACAGUCAGAGCUCUGUUCGUUAGUGCCUUCCCUCAUCAGCUCAACAUGAAGAUGCUGGAGUCGCCCAGCACCGCCAUCUACGUGAAAGAUGAGACCAGGAACGUGUACUAUGAACUCACUGAUGUCAGGAACAUUACAGAUCACUCCUGCCUGAAGGUGUACCACAAAGACCCAGCGCACGCCUUCAGCCAUGGAGCCCGGCCAAGCAAUGGAGAUGCAAGGGUUCACAGGGAGAUGAUGUAUGCUGGACGGGAUGGUCAUCCUCUCCGGCAGCCCCCGAUGGGUCCUCCUCCACCCCACAUGCAGGGCUCCAUGUCCCCUACCACACCUCAUGCAUUGCCCCCCUCCCCAUCUCGUAUCCCCUUCGGUCCACGCACCUCAGGCGGUGGGGUUGCCACAAUGCCACGUGAGCGAGCCGGACACACACUCCCAGCACCCGCCCGAGCAUCCUCCCCCUGCCCGAGCGCUAUCCUCGAGCGGCGUGACGUCAAACCGGACGAGGAUGUAGCUGCCAAGAGCAUGUCGCUGCCCUCCCGAGCCGAAAGUCAUUAUGCUGACCCUUAUAUGUUACAUCAUCAGGCCCUGCCCCCUGAUGCAGUAGACCACGCCUACCACCGUGCCACCAUACGCUCUUACAGUAACCCCGGCGUUCCCAUGGAGCCCAUGGACCAUCAUUCACUCUUCCGACAGAAAAGUAGGAAGUACACGGAUAGCCAGCUUCCCAUGCUCGGCUCCAAAACCCCGCCCUCUUCCCCACACCGGAUGGGCGAGAUGCGAAUGAUGGACAUUCACACAGGCCAACCGCAGAGUUCCAUGACUCUGGAGAGGGCCUCACCUGUCAGACAAUCAUUUAGGAAGGAGGCCCCUGUCACAAUGGAUACCAUGGUAAAGACAAGGGGUGGCAUGGGGUCCCCGGCCACUCCGGAUCUUCAGGUUCACAAUCCUCUGGCCCCGUCGACAGACCCUCAGACACGAGAGAGAAUGAAGGCCAUGGAGGAGCAAAUAGCCAGUCUGACUGGUCUUGUGCAGCACGCUCUCUUAAAGAGCCACAGCACUAACAGCAACAAGGAACACCCCAGUGAGAAACCUGUAAAGUCCGGAUCACCGGCUCACAGCACAUCUAGCACAGGAGGUUCUCCAGUAUUACCACCAAAACUUGCUGCAGCACCUCCUGAGCAUAGCCCCGCCCCUACACCGCCACUAGGCCCCGCCCCCUUGCAUGUUAACCUUCACCUGUUCAGGAGGAAUGUCUCUGAGCUCCGCCUCCAACUGCAACAUAUCAGACAACUACAGCUUCAGAAUCAGGAGUGUGUGCGUGCUCAGAUAAAGCAUGCAGAGCAAGAGAUCAGUGUGAAGCUGGCUGAAAUACUGAGACGACAAGACGAUCCGACACAGAAACAGAGGACGCUGGUAGAGGAAGAGAGACACCGAUAUCUCAGCAUGCAGGAAAGAGUUCUCACACAGCUGGGGGAUCUGGAGCAGUAUGUGGAGGCUCUGAGGACUGACUCCAGCCCUGCCGUGUCUCAGAGAGCCGUGACGCUGAAGGAGGUAGAGGAGGGAGCUGUCAGCCUGAGGAAAGUGGGCGAGAACCUGGCUGGACUGAAAGGAGAGUUUCCAGCCCUUCAGGCCCACAUGCGAGCAGUGCUCAGGGUGGAGGUGGAGGCUGUAAAGUUCCUAAAAGAAGAGCCCCACAAACUCGACAGCAUGCUGAAGAGAGUCCGAACCCUCACGGACACACUCGGAAACCUUCGCAGGUACAAACAGAGAGAGUGUGCCACAGAUAGUCUGCUGAAUCCCUCUGACCCUGUUCCCUCAACCCCAGCCUCUGAAAAAGCAGAAUCGGCCAUCGUUGAAUCCUUUGAGCCUGCCUCGGUCAUACCUCAGAGCUCCAUAGUGAGAUCAGAGGUUAUGUCGUCAAGCCCUAUGGUGAUCCACCAUGCCCAGGCCUCUCCUGUAGCCUCACAACAAUCCCUGAAAUCCACAGCACCUUCACCCAUUCCCCCUGCAGCACAGAGACGAGAGUCUACACCUUCACCUACCAAACAGCUCAAAAAACCUUCACUUGAGCAGACACAAAUACCAAAUACCAGCAGUAAUGGAGUCUCUGCUAAUGACAUUCAUAGUAAAGGUCCUUCUCCAAACUUGUUAAUUGAGGAGAUCCAAGCAAGCCACAGCAAGAACAUGAACAGGGCUGUGUCAAUAGAGGCUGCAGAGAAAGGAUGGGAGGAGAAGAGGCAGAACAUUGGUCAUUAUGAUGGGCAGGAGUUUGAACGGAUGCUCCAGGAAGCAGAAGCCAACAUGCUGAGAGGAAUACCAAACCUUGAGGUGCCCAGCAAACUUGAGGGCUCUCCUGCUCCUCCUGCCUCCCUGGAGGAGGUGAUAGAAAAAAAUGAACCUAUAGCAGCCCCAACAGAACAAGAUGACAAUCAGCCAAACUCUGAGAAACCUACUAAGACUGCUCCAGAGAAACCUCCCAAACCUCUAGAGAAGGCAGUUAAGUCAGCCUUGGAGAGACCUAUUAAGCCCAGCCUAUCCAUCAAAUCCAACCUAGAAAGACAGAAUAAGACUCAGGAAAAAGUUAAGCUUCAGACCACAGAGAAAGCCAACAAGUCCCCUCCUCCACCCCCACCUCGACGAAACUACACCACCAACACUGGGAUGACCACCACCCGCUCUGGAGAAGUCAUUUACACCAGCAGGAAGGAGUCUGUUACGGAGGGUGAAGAGGAGUCCAACAGUACAGCGUCUCAGUCUGAACCAAAAACCCCUCCAGAGGCGAAGCACAAACCCAUUACUCCUCCUCCUAUCGCUGCCUCGGCCAUCACUGAGGAAGAGGAUGAGGGAGACAAAAUUAUGGCAGAGCUACAGGUUUUCCAGAAGUGCUCUGUUAAGGAGGUAGGGCUCAAGGGUUUGGUAGAGCCACAGAUCAGAGAGCUAAGACCUGGGGUCUUACUGCCCCUUAAAGAUAAGAAGAAUACAGAAAACCAAGACGACAAGAAUCCUGACACAGACGAGAAUGGCAACAAUACAAUUCGUCAGAGUCCUGGGGUCAUCUACUAUGUCACAGCUCAGAUCUCCAAGGGGACUUCAUCAGCGUCAGAGGAAUCAACAGAACGUAGAGAUGCAUCACAGUCUCCCCCAUCACAGGUGUCACAUGUCAAUGCUUCUGACCAAUCCCAAAGCCAGCUGCAGGUAUCCACUAACAAAUUUGGUGCCCUCAAAAGUAGCGGCCCAGCCAGCUCUUCUAGUUCUCUGCACCAAAAUCAGCUGUCUCGUUCAGCCUCUUUGAAGUCAAAUCCACCCUCUCCAUUGGAAGAACUUCCAGGUAGCCCAACCCAAGGGAAAGUUCAUGUGGUCAAAGCUGCUCAAGUGCAGGUUAGCAUAGAGGAGAGGGUAGAGUCUCCAACAUCAAUUUGCUCACCAGUCUCCUUUGGAGACACUGAACACAGUGUUUCUAAAGCAAUUCAUGUUGGGCCAGAUUUAGCGAAUCAGAAGCUUCUGUUUGGUUCAUCCAAGGCAAAGGAAAGGAAAUUUGAGGAAAUUGAGGAAAAUGAUGAGGCCUUUCUCAGUCCUGAUCUGCCAGGAGAAGAGCCACCUCCACCUCCUCCUGAUAACUUUGCCUUCAUGAUCACUAACACCAAGGUACAAGCCCUCUCCACUGGAGAGUACCAUCAGCUUGUCAAUGCUAAGAAAGGUAGUGUGCAGACGGUAACUGUUGGCAACAAACGACCAAGUGCUUCUGACAGUGGCUCAGCAUCACGAGUGGAUGCCAAUACCAAUGGCCCCCCUGGUGCUGACAAAAAGCCAGUUAUCAUCAUCUUUGAUGAGCCAAUGGACAUCCGCUCAGCUUACAAACGUCUCUCUACCGUCUUUGAAUGUGAGGAGGAGCUAGAGCGGAUGCUUGCAGAAGAAAGAAUAGAUGAGGAGAGUGAGGAAACCGAGGAAGAAGAAUGGACUAGAGGAGUGCAGGUCAAACACAAUGGAGAUGGUAGAGAUUCUGGAAAUGUUACUGGUUCAAAUUCUUCUGCAGAUGUCACAGAUGGUCAAGUCAUUAACUCUUUAUCAUCCUCAUCUUUAUCUGAGGGAGGGGCAUUAGUAGAUGUAGACAGUGAUGCAAAGCAAGAUGGAAAGAAGAAGUUCAAGUUUAAGUUCCCCAAGAAACAGUUUGCAGCAUUAACACAAGCCAUUCGCGCUGGAAGUAAAACGGGCAAAAAGACUUUGCAGGUUGUUGUCUAUGAGGAUGAGGAAGAAUCAGACGGAACAGUCAGACAACACAAAGAGACCAAGAGGUUUGAAAUUGCUUGCUCCAAAACAGAGUCCUCAAAAUCAAAUAAACAGGAACCUAAUGGACGAACUGACGAGAUUCGUAAGAGUACCUACAAAACCCUUGACAGUCUAGAGCAAACAAUAAAGCAGCUUGAAAGCACAAUUUGCGAAAUGGGUCCGAAGUCUUCGGAAGACCCAGAAAGCUUGGUGAACCCUGAAACUCAGGACAAGAGUUCAGGGCACUCAGAGAAAGGACUUUCUCCCAAAACCUUUGUUUCUAGGUCGACUUCUGCCAGUAAAGUUCCUGGUCUCCGAAAAAAGACCAAACCACAGCUCCUUCCCCGACCUGCCAUCAUACCAACUACAGGGGUCUCAGUCACACCAGUUCCCACUCAACAGAAUGCCAGCGUGGUCUCACCUACUAGUCGGAUGCCGGUGCCUGUUUCUGCCAAGGCGCGGCAGCAACCGGGCACCUCUGACAAAGAGAGGGCAACAAAACCGCAAAAGCUACAGGACUCUCAGAGGCAGUUCCGCCAGGCUAAUGGAAGUGCUAAAAGAUCUGGAGGAGAUCCCAAAUCCACUUCUCCUACUGUGCCUGCUUCUAAAAUUCCUGCUUUUUCCUCUAGUACGGGAAAAGGCUUGUCCCAGUCAGAUUCUACUAAUAUUGUUAAUUCUUCUCCUUUAUCUUCCUCCCUUCCCGCUAGCAAAUCUUCUAUCCCUCCUCCUCGAUCCAAUUCCACCCCCUCAUCUCAUAUCCCCUCCCUUUCUAAUGGUUCUUUGAAAUUUGCCCCUCCCACUCACAGCACUAAAGGCCUCUCUAUUCCCAUGCAGACACAAAAUGGUCGACCUUCCACCUCUUCUUCCUCUUCCUCUUCCUGUUCCCACUCCCCUUUGUCCCCGACUAUGUUGAAUCAGAGUGCGAAGAGUAUCCGUACCAUUCACACACCCAGCUUCACCAGCUACAGUCGGCCGCACAAUGGGAGUGCCGGUAAAUCAGCUAUCCCAACAGUAACUGUCGCUAAGGAUGCUGCGUAAAUUGCUUUGCUGCUUUGCAACCAUUUGUUUAUCUCUUAAUGAGGUGAAGUCACUCCUGAUUUACUUCGAUUCACUUUUUAAGUUGUUUUUGUGAUUUUAUUUGUUUGAACAGAAAAUAUUGUUACAUCGGAGUGAAAUUUGUUUUGGUAUGACUUUGGCUAUUGCAUGUUAUUAUUUUCUCUGUUCAGUUGAAUGGCCAGCCUCAAUUAUUCAGUGUUUUAAACUUGAAUCUCUGCAAAUCAUAGACAUAUAAAAAGAUAAACUGUUUUAUUUUAAAAAGUAAAAAGUUUCAUUGCGGAGAGCAGGCUCUUGAUCAAGGUUUUUACAGAGCACUUCAUUUGAAAAGAAUAUUUAUUUUUCAUACAAGUUGAAGAGAGGCUAAUAAGUAUUAAAGUUAACAUAGUAAAAAGUAUGUAAACAAUGUUUUGGUUAUUAACAUCCUCUAAAUGAUUGUAGAUGACUGCAUAUGCAUUUUUUAAUAAACUGACAGACAUUGGUUGUAGCCACAAGUGAAAAAGUACUGUAAGUAUACUAACCAUUUACACAAAUUGUCAAACAUUGUCUGUUUUUUUUUGUUUGUUUGUUUUUUUCUUACAUGCACUGCCAAUGUCUUUAAGAUUUAUUGUUAUAAAUUGACAACAGUUUUGCAAUGAACAGUUGUCUGUCUAUUCAGUAGUUGUGCCUGUUUGCCAAAGUUUGUAAUUCACUUCCUUACAAAUGACUAUAUAUACUGUGUUAGACACUAUGUACAUUUAGGAUAGGUUAUAUCUGGCUUAACCUACCUAUGUCAAAAAAUUCUUGAUUUAGGCCAUGCAGUCUAUGGCUCUUAAAUUAAUGAGUACUGAUAUCUAAAUGUAAACUAAAAAUUGUAGUGAUUGAUAAAAUCGCUCUCUACUUCACAUGUAUAUACUGUAACAUCUCUAUUUCAGAGAUUGUCUUUAGUUUUGUUAACAUAUUGUACCAAAGUUUAUUUCUAUGCAUGCCUAUACAAAAUUGUAGAGAGAGAGAAUGUAAUAGAAGAAAAUCAUGCUUGCACAGACAGAUUUUGUAAAUAAAUAUGUUUUCUUUGGUUUUGUAUAGCUUUAAUUGCAGAAGCAAUCUGUGUAAAAGUGUAGGUAUUAAAACAAAGUUCUGCAUGCUUGUCGUUUACAUGGCCUCUCGGCUAUGGUUUCUCCACUUCAACACUGCAAGUCCUUCUAUUAAACAUUUUGGCAGAUA